AUGCAGCUGGCGGGGCUGAAUGAUUGGACCCCAGGAGAUCACCAGGGUCCCCUGGGUGCCCCACUCAAUCUGCCUGUGGCUGCCGGCCCCAGAACCAGAGACACCAAUGGUCUGCUGUUGGAAGAACCCACCACCUCCCCAACCCCAGCCUCAUACAGACCCCAGCCUCACACAGACCCCAGCCUCAUACAGACCCCAGCCUCACACAGACCUCAGCCUCACACAGACCCCAGCCUCACACAGACCCCAGCCUCACACAGACCCCAGCCUCACACAGACCCCAGCCUCACACAGACCCCAGUCUCACAGAGGCCCCAGCCUCACACAGACCCCAGCCUCACACAGACCCCAGCCUCACAGAGACCCCAGCCUCACACAGACCCCAGCCUCGCACAGACCCCAGUCUCACAGAGACCCCAGCCUCACACAGACCCCAGCCUCACAGAGACCCCGGCCUCACACAGACCCCAGCCUCACACAGACCCCAGCCUCACACAGACCCCAGCCUCACACAGACCCCAGCCUCACACAGACCCCAGCCUCACACAGACCCCAGUCUCACAGAGGCCCCAGCCUCACACAGACCCCAGCCUCACACAGACCCCAGCCUCACAGAGACCCCAGCCUCACACAGACCCCAGCCUCGCACAGACCCCAGUCUCACAGAGACCCCAGCCUCACACAGACCCCAGCCUCACAGAGACCCCGGCCUCACACAGACCCCAGCCUCACACAGACCCCAGCCUCACACAGACCCCAGCCUCACGGAGGCAUACCGGCAAAGACCUCCGUCUCCUCAAAUGA